AUCUGCAUUUAUAACAGAACGUAGAAGAGCUGAUUAUACAAAAGAAAUGGGAGAAAAACAGGUCUUUGUGUGUCUGCUUCUUGCAGUCGCCACAAACUUCCGGUGGACAUCCGCUCAGCCAGAGCAAUCAUCAGAACAAGCGGAUACCAAAGGACUUUUCUCCUUCGGGUCAAGUAGUGAUCAAGCAAACGACAACCAAGACGAUCCCGGUCACACAUUUAGCUACGAGUUUCUCUCCCCACAAAAAAUCCUCACUGGAUGUUCUGGGACCAAGUAUGCGAACGGGGACGUGAAACGGGUUUACUACUUUGUGGACGCGACGGGAAAGAAGAAGUUCAUCUUUCCUCAUAAAGCCGUCGAGGUCGUUUUCCCAUCCCCCGCUGGACUUCCUGGACUAACGAGAAGUCAAAAGGUCCACAUGUCUGAGAUGUGUUUUCCAACCCCGUGCAAUGUUCAGGGCGUCUGUUCUCCAGGAAGCACAAUUGGGCCAACAGGAUGGAGUUUACCAAAAUUUCCUUGGCUUCCUUGGGGCAAUGGUGGGAAACAAAGUGUUUAUUCCUUCAAUCUCACUUCGCAUGGAUCUGCAGAAGCGGCAUUGACCUCUAAUUCGGCCAACUUAGCUUUCGGAAUGUCAACAAAUAUUGGUGGUCAUAAGAAAGACCCAGUUACUCCUGGGUGGACCAGUACAACUACUCAACCUCCGUCGACCACAAGUGGGUGGACCAGUGGGUGGACUAGCUCAUCAACAGCUCAACCUUCAUCAAGUGGGUGGGCAUCCGUUUCGAGCGAAGCAGAAUCUGCAGCCCAAGUGUCCGUCGGGAGCGGUGGUACUGUGUCGGCAAGCGCGGAGGCAGAAGCAGAGGCAGAAAUUUCCUUGGGUGGCGUUGCUUCUGCUUCCGCCGAAGCAGAAGCUUCUGCUGCUGCAAGUGGUGGAUGGGGUUGGUCUUCCACUACACCGACCACGACGACUUGGGGAUGGAAGCCACCACCUACAACGACGACGACCACGACUGUUCCAUCCCCCACGCCUGGAUGGGGUUGGUCAACCACAGUCCCUUCGACCACUACUGGCUGGGGAUGGUCAACUACGACGACACCAACUACUUCGACUGGCUGGGGAUGGUCAUCUACGACGACACCAACUACGACGACUACUACAUCCGCUCCUCCAUGCAACACCACAACAGAAGAACCUACCACUGAACCACCCACAGAACCGCCAACCACCGAGCCACCAACAACGACAACAGGAGGCUGGUCAUCGUCAUCUUCUACAACGACAACUCCUGGUCCUGACUGUCCUGGAGAAUGCAAUUGCUGCGAUAAAUGUCCCAUUUCAAAAUUUGUUGAAAAACUUGCUAGUUCAGGAUUUGGCAACAACAAUCCCACACCACCAAUGAACCACUGGGCAUCUGGAACGUGGAAUUCCUACUCAGUCCCCCAUCCCAACUGGCCUUUCGCUCGAAAUGAUCACAAAACGCCGAAAGAAGAAGACAGAAAAACUCCCAGCUUCUUUGCAAAUCUUCCAGGUGCAAUUAACGGUCAAGUUCCGGUCAUCUAUUACCCAUCCUGCGAUGUGAAUGCCUACUACCAACCUGCCAUCAUCAACUAUUGCUCGGGAUGGAGUAAAGACGAUUACAAACGGUCCAUACCUGCAGAUGAACUAAAUGAAUCUGGAAAAAAGGCCGUAGAUUCUUAGGCUACAAAAAACCUCGGCUUUAAUAUCUAUGUAUUUUCAUGUCUUUCGCCUGUCAUGUACUAAUGCAAAUAAUGGUGCAAUCUUACUCACCAAUUUUUUCCGUAGUCAAACAGAAUGGAAAAAACCAAUCCGAAAUUUAAAAGAAAGUUCUCAUAAAUAAAUAGCAAUAGUGGUUUAUAUUGUUACAUUUUCACCCUAACAUACAAAUGAAUUUACAUGACGUUAAUUAAAUUACUCCAAAUCAA